CGAGCUGGGGGAGUCAAAACGUUCGCACAGCUCAGAUCAUUGUUUUUCUCUCUGAUGGCAAAGCCCGCGAACUAACAAACUGUCCGGAGAAAACUGAUGCCCUUCAUCUGUUUGCAAGCUCUAUAAAAAGUGUAUGAGUUUUUAUGGACCAUGUCGGAGUCAGAAUUUUACAUGCAGUGUGAGGAGGAGGAACUUGCGCCAUGUCAAAGUAUCACGGAUGAGACAAAUCAGACUGACGACAUAAAUCUUGUACACAAUGGACAUGCAGCAGCUUCACCAGAACCCUCUGCGUCUUCUGCUCCCUCUGUCCAGGCUCCAGCCAUCAAGACAGCACUUUUGCCAAUUGUUCCUGGUUCUGUUAUACCAAGAGCAUUACUGGCUGGUGUUCUUCAGCAUUUUCAGAUUGCUGCAGGUGGUGUCAAGGGGCAGCCCAUCUACAUCGCUCCAAAGCCAUCUGCAGGCACCCAACCGACCAUUGCAACCCCAGUCGGUUACAUCCUGCCUACAGGCCAAGCUGUCACUUUUCUGGCUCCUACUCAGGCAGGCUCCUUGAUUUCCCCUCAGCUUGCGUCUUCAUCAAGCACACCACAACCAACAGCUAUUAAGAUCCCAGUCACUAUCAUUCACACCCCAUCUACAGUACAAACCGGCACUACAGUAACCUCCAGUAGGAUGCCUGCUGUGGGCACCUCACCCUCCAGCAGUCUUCCUCAAACCUCUCCAGCUGUCUCAGAACUGCCGUCAACAUCAUCUUCAGCAUCAUCUCCUCCUCCUCCUGCUGCUGCUGCUGCUGAUGAUGAUCAUGAAGUGCAGAACCUGUUAACACAGCCUGCAAAUAAUGUCCUAGCUGUGGGUUACACCAAAACGCCCUCUCAGGUCCCAACUCAGGUCUCCUCUGUAAAGACUCGAGCGCGAGCCCAGAGAUCUGCUGCUUCUGCUACUGUUUCCUCCAAAGUAUUUCAGAAUGUUUUCAAGGCCCCACAGUUCUGUUCUCACUGUAAUGUGGCCUACAAAGUUGUUCAUGAGCUUCGUGGCUACAUGUGUCACUGUAAUCCAGAGCUCAUAAACAGAGUCCAUGCAUUGACCAGCAAACGCAAAAGAAGGGCCAAGCGUAGCUGUGACCCAAUGCAGUCCAUGCCCCAUAUGCAUGUUAGCACUAUUUCCCCCACUUCCUCCUCAACCUCUACGAGCAGCAGACAUCCAGCAGCCUCUCCUUCUCCUCUUCCUCCUGCUCCUUGCCUGAAACACAUCACCACAUCUGAGAUCCCGGAGGGAGUGCACAGCCCUGGCACUGGCGACUAUGACGCGCAAGGCAAGCUUAUCAUGCUAGUGGAAGACUUCUACUACGGGAAGGACCCUGGAAAUCCUGUCCUGAUAGAGAAUAACCAGGUGCCCAUUGUGAUGAAAUGCCAUCUCUGUGACAAGAAGCUGAAGAACAACAUCAAGCUGAUGAACCACAUGAAGCACCAUAUGGAAAUGGCGCAGCAGAGGGGUGAGGAGAAAUCCCACACUAUGUGCCAGCACUGCUUCCGCACCUUUGGCACACCCUUCUCCCUGCAGUGCCACCUCGAGACCGUCCACAGCCAAGUAGAGUCCGCAUCACUCUGCAAGAUCUGUGAGUUGUCAUAUGACAACACUCCCAUUUUCCUGCAUCAUAUGAAAAACUUUCACAAGCCAGGUGAAAUGCCCUACAUGUGUCAGGUUUGCAAUUUCCGCUCAUCUUUCUACAAUGACGUUUUAAUUCACUUCCGUGAGCUCCACAAGGACACCGCCAAUCUUCUAUGCCCGUACUGCCUCAAAGUGUUCAAGUCUUGCAACAGCUAUCAGCUCCACUACAACAAGCACCAGAAAAAGUCAGUGUUGCAUUGCGAUAAGUGCCGGCUUCAGUUUCUUUACACAAAGGACAAGGUAGAGCACAAGCUUUUAUUUCACCAGACCCAUCUCAAGCCUGUGCAGCUGCUGGGGCUUAAGCCUGGUACUAAGAUAACCAUCCGGGCUUAUUCCAUGACUAAGGUAAACGACAACACUAACUUCAUUAAACCUAGUACGAACAGUGAAAGCUCUUCUGCGUCCUCAGUUCCUGCACCUCAGAGUGCUGUCCAGAGAAUCACGCCUACAAAAAGGAAACCUGUCGAGAGCAUGUUGGAAAUCAUGACCAAGUUUCAGAGACAGUGCGAAACUUCAAGACGUUGGUUCUGUAUUGAAUGUAACUUUGAGAUUCCAGAUUUUUCCACUCACUUUCCCACGUUUGUGCACUGCUCCUUGUGCCGUUAUAGCACCUGCUGCUCCAGAGCGUAUGCUAACCACAUGAUCAGUAAUCAUGUUUCUCGCAAAACCACUACUAAAUACCUGAACUUAUACAGGCCCUGUCCAAAGCUGGGUAACCUAAGCUGCAAUACCUGUGGCUAUUCCACUGAGAUUGGAGAUCUGAUGGCCACACAUCUGGCUAAGAAUCCAAGCCACGCCUUCAGCCACUGCAAAUUCAAUGAGGGAUUUUCUCAUGGCUAUAAAAGAUUUUUCUUCAUACCAAGUGGCGUGGUUUGGAAAGGCCAGGUGCUCAACUCUGGGAUUAUCAUACAGAAGCAAGAAAUGCAAAUCGAUCAGAAUUCACUUCCACAAGCCACUAAUCCUGUGCCCCUUCCAAACCAUUGCAUAAACCUCCCUGAUAGCUCUGCACACACCCCGUCUAUUCCUGCUGAAGUACAGCCUGUAGUUGAAAGCACUGUGCCUGAUGAGAAUUGUGGGACACAGCCAAAGGAUUUAACGCCACAGAAAAUGGCGCUUUCCAGUGAAGUCCAUGCUGAAGAUGGAACUAAAGCCGGAGGAUCUCUUACUGUAGCACAGCUGAAGAUUGUACUCUACGCUCUGUGCUUUGGCAUUCCUCAAGCAGCCAGCCAGUUUGAUAGUCAGCCUGAGGAAGUCCAAUCCUUGAUACAAAAGCGUCAGCUUCAGCUUGGGCCUCCAAAGAGCAGAGAACGGUUAAUUCCUCGAGCAAGUGAUAGGUUAGCCGAGUGGGUAUUGUGCCAACGUGAGCAGCAGCUUCCUGUAGACGAAACCAAUCUUUUUUCCAAAGCCGCACAGCUCAUGAGUGCUGAUGGUGGGCCAGGCAUCUCUUAUGGUUGGGCUGUGGACUUCCUGAUAAACCAUGAUUUAUCUCUGCAAUCUCUGGCCACAUCCCACCGACUGCUACCCCAUAAAGUUCAGGAACGUCUGCACACUUUUACUUCUGUUAUAAAUAAGCAGAUCACCUCACACUGCUUGGAUCUGCCAGCCAUUGCUGCUAUGGAUGAACUUUCCAUUUUUAUAGACAUGGAGCAGCUGGAUCCUGCCUCAGCUGACUCCUCUUCCAUGAUGUCCGCUUUUAAGUUGGUUGGCGAAAAGGAUCCGCUUCUAGAUGUUGUACUCGCCUCUCUAGCUGACGGCACUAUCUUGCCUACCGUAGUGUUUUUUAGAGGAGAGCCUCUAAGCCCAGAUGCACCAACCUUGCCAGACAUCAUCAUGGAGGCCAAGCCAGAGGGCUUUUCUGAUGAAGAAAGACUCCAGCUAUGGUUUGAUAAAGUGUGGAGUCGGCAUGUGAAGCCAAACUCUGGAAGCAAGGGACUGCUGGUUAUGGACCCAUAUCGGGGUCACCUAAGCCACAAGUUCCUAGCAUUGCUCAACACUACAAACACUUUGCCAAGUAUCCUCCCUUACGCAUGCUCCUGUCGUCUGCAGCCUCUAGAGGCCUGUGUCGGUCUGGUGCUACGAGAGUUCCUGCAAGUCCGAUGGAGCCAGCAUGUGACUGAUGCUCCACAAGAACUGAUUGGUGCUGUGCCUGCUGACCUAGCCCUUUUGUUCUCAGCCUGGCUCCUUGAAAUGCUGGAUGUCCUAGCAGAAAGGCCAGAAUUUCUUCAGCGCUCUUUUGAGCUGUUGAACUCUAAUUCAAAGCUGGCACCAGGAGGAUUUUCUGAGUUGGUGCAGAAUCUGACUGAAGCCCUCGUGGUGAACACAAUUCAGGAACAUGAAUCUAAUGAACCAGAGGCUGAACACAAAGGCAACACGUCAUCUGUUGUUUCUCCGAGCUUGUUGCCUUCACCAUCCAAUCCCCAAGCUCUGAAAAAAAUCUUCGAGAAAGAUAGUGAUCUCGACUCUUUCCAUGGAUUUGAAGAUACAGAAAUGACAAACUUGUGAUUUUCUUAAAAGUAAAAUCGACUAGAUGUCGAUGCUCCAGGUUGUUUUUAUGCAGAGCUUUUCUCGAUACAAUGUUCUCUGACGGACAGUUUUGCUUUUGAAUAGGAAAAGAACAUUUGCUCAGUAGUUUAUUGAUCAUGUCCUAAUAUUUCUUGACUGUUCUGUUCAUUUUACAUACACUGCCUAGCCUCAUUCUGUCAGAUUCUUUCAGUCACCAGUGAUGAAAUAGAAUUUAUUGGAUUAAGAGUGUGUCAUGUGUCGGUCCUUGAAGGUGCAUUGUUUAAAUUUUUUUUUUCAUUAUUUCUGCCCUUCCUUAUACAAUCCCAUGUUUGUAAUAAUUUCCCAAAGUUAGCAGAACCAGCAAAGGUCUUCUCAAACACUGCUGCAACAAGAAACAAGUUCUGCAGUGAUAAAUGUAGGUUUGCGAUACUAAUAUUGCUUGCGGUACUUGUUUCGAUCAUUUACGCAAUGUACAAAAGUCCUAAGAACAUCUUGGCACACCUUUAAAAUGUGUCUCCAAAAAACCCUACUGUAGCCAUGUAUAGAUGAAUAUAAUUAUGUCUGCUUUGACUGCUGAACUGUUUUAUAGUCCAGCCAAAGUGUUACUGUUCACUUAUUUCUUUGAGUACUAUUACUGCUGUGAAGCGUGCACAUUGCAAAUGAGCAAAAAAAGUCCUCCAUGUACAAGUGUUACAGAUUAUCUACUGUAUUUAGGGCUGCUUGUUCAUAAUUAAAGGGCUGACCUUUGAUAUUACAUAAACCUCAUUUUAUCCCUAAAACUUUUUUUUUUCUAGACUUUUUCUAAAAGGGACAUUUUAUUUUGUAAUCAAUAAAUGCAUUGUUAAUGUUU